CUGAUUCGUGUCAACUAAAAAUCUACAAAAUCGUGAGAUCUCUGUGAUAAUUGUUGUCAACCAGGAAAGUGGUUAAAAAAGAUCUUUGUCCAGACUCAGUACAUUCGAAUUUACGUCUUAGCUAAUGUUAACUUUACCAUCAUCACAAUACAAUGCCUUCAGUAAGGUAAUGUGCAGACGGAAUUCCUUAUUAUCGAAAUAAUACUUUCAUUAGGAUGUUUGCAACGUUAGACUGUAUUUGCGUCACUUUUGUUUGACUCGUCUGUGAAGGAUCUAUUUUAAAGUAUAGUUACUGAAGGAAAACACUUAUCGACUGCUCUUUUGAAUGAGAUAAAAAAUUAGUCACUCGAAUACACCACACAACUAUAUCACGUAAGAUUGCGAUAUAUCGGUUAUUUAUAGAGAGAUAAAAGUAGAGCCGAUAGCCGUGAAUUGAAUUGGAGAAAUACAAUCUUAUUUCGUGCUAACCUUGGCAAGAGGAACAUUGUGUUGUUGACUGAAUUAUGUAUUUCGUGUAGUUUUGUCAAUUGAAUUCCUAAAAAUGACUAAAAAUACCGGUAUUUUCAUAACGAAUCAAGGAUUUACUGCUCCCUACUUAUACGAAAAUAAUGCCGUAACAGUGGAAGAAACCCCGCCGAAAAGGCAAACUAUUUCAAUUUUCUGGCUGCCGGUCUACAUUUUCCCGUGGGCAUUAAUUUUUGGCUUGAUGAUAUUCACCUAUCAUCAGCUUCCAACGCCAAUAUCUCAAGCCUCAGAGUCGUCUUAUCCGAAUCGUUUCAUCGGUGAACGUGCUAAGAUUUUGAAUGAAGAGCUAGCUAGCAUAGGUCCGAAAGUGGUCGGAAGUGAUAGCAAUGAAGUGAGAGCAGUUUCAUUUUUGAUGAACGAAAUCGAUAAAAUUAAGAGAUCAGCGAAUCCUAUUCAUUCUAUCGAAGACAAUGUUCAGUGUUCAGCGACUGAACGCUGUUCGCCUGGUAGCUUUGAGCUGGGAACUCUGACGACCUACUAUCAAGGAAUUCAAAAUGUCGUCGUGAAAAUUAGUCCACGCAACAGAACAACGGCCCAUAGCUUACUGAUUAACUCACAUUACGAUUCGGUUCCUGGUAGUCCUGCUGCUGGCGAUGCCGGCCUUUUGGUUUCAGUAAUGUUAGAAGUACUGCGAGUGUUGUCGCAGUUACCGGAAAGUCUGAAGCAUUCGGUUGUGUUCCUGUUUAAUAGUUCGGAAGAAUUUGAACUCAACGGAUCCCAUGAAUUUAUCACCAAACAUAUGUGGGCGAGUGAUGUUCGAGCUGUUAUCAAUAUGGAUUCGUGCGGAACCGGUGGCAGAGAGGUGUUAUUCCAAUCUACGGGUUAUACAUGGUUAAUGAACCUGUACAAAAAAGCUGCUAAAUAUCCUACAGCGUCAGUGUUGGGAGACGAACUGUUUAAAAGUGGAGUAAUUCCAUCCGACACAGAUUUCCGGAUUUUCCGCGAUUUUGGAAAUUUGAGAGGACUGGAUUUUGCAAUCUACCGAAACGGCUACGUUUAUCACACAAAACAUGAUGCAAGUGACCUCAUUUCGGCAGGCACUUUCCAAAACACAGGAGACAAUAUCUUAGCUUUGACCAUUGCAGUAGCUAAUGCCGACGAAUUAGGAUCCCAAGACUAUGAACAUGAGGACGGUGACUUGAUCUUCUUUGAUUUCAUCAAUUGGUUCAUGAUCAGCUACACUAAGACGAUAGCUUACGUGAUCAAUUCGUGUGUUUCCGUUGUAGCUCUGGUCGGGAUAAUAAUUUCGCUAGUCAGUUUUGGCAAGGCUUGCGGUCUGAGUUUUGGACGAAUGACGGCUGAAUUUGGUGGAAUCGUUCUAAUUCAAAUUAUAUCAAUUGGCGUUGCUGCUGGCAUUGUCAUCCUACUGGCAUUUGUGUAUGACGUUGGAUCUCGUUCGAUGAGUUGGUAUUCCAAUCCGUGGCUUAUUUUCGGCAUCUACUAUUGUCCGUUAUUUUUCUGUCUGGGCAUUGCACCAUCCCUGUAUGUGAUGUUUAGGAAAACAGACAUCAUCAGACAAGCCUAUUACGUUCAAAUGUUCCAGCACGCGCAAUGUCUUCUCCUAGUGGUGAUAACUUUAGGAAUAACUGCUGUUGGUGUUCGGUCCACAUUCCUCAUUGUUCUUACGCUAAUUUUUUAUGCUCUGACGACGUACAUCAAUUGUUUUACUAAACUACAAUUGCGAGAUAGUUUGUGGAUAAUUGUCACUGCUAUUGGACAAUUCAUUCCAUUCAUGUUCUAUUCGUACUACACAUUGGUCAUUUUUGACUUGUUCAUUGCUAUACAAGGAAGAAGUGGACCGGUGGACAAUCCAGAUAACAUGCUUGGCAUCAUUGUAAUCGGUUUCGGUAUACUGAUGGCAGGAUUGAUUAUACCAAUUCUUUACAUGUUCAAACGAUCAGCCCUAGUUAUAUUAGGCUUUCUGGUUGUGUUCGUUACUUUCGGAAUUAUUAUGGCGACAAAUGUGGGCUUCCCGUAUCGACAUGCGGUGUCAGCGAAACGAUUUUGGAUUUUCCAUACGGAAAGAACAUUCCAUGACUUUGAUGGAAGCACCAGAUACUCCGAUUCUGGGUAUUAUAUGAGGGCAAUGGAUAGACAUUCUGACGAAAUUGUAUCAGACUUUGUGCCGCAAAUGAAGAACGCAGAAAAGGCGACGAGUUUGUGCGAUACCGAAAUGAUGUGCGGACUUCCAUCUUAUCAGGCCAUGGCAACAUUUAGUACGAGCGAGUACAGUCAUUGGAUACCAUCAUCUCGUCCUUAUGUCCCGUUUAGGUCUAGUCUUACACUAAAAAGAGAGGUCAGUCUAACUUCAAGUUCCAGCAGAUUCGAAUUUGAAUUGAGCGGUCCUGAUCAUAUGGUAUUAUCGAUUUCUCCGUUGGAGGGCAACACUCUAUUGAGUUGGUCUUUCCUCGACAAAACUCCCGUAAGCCGAAGUUGGGGUAACCGUGCGCUCUAUUUUAUGAUGCUUGUUUAUGGGAGCGACAAUAGUCCGAUCAGUUUCGAUUUAGUUAUAGAGAAAUCGUCAAGUGAAGGACCUAGUUUCGAUAUAGCAAUUGUCAGCCAUUUUACAUACCACAAAGAUGGUGACACGGUGGAAUAUAAGGAAUUUCUGGAAAGUUUUCCUGACUGGGCUCAUUUAACUUCUUGGACGAGUACUUAUGAUAGUUACAAAUUUUGAUUGGAAUAUUUUCGUAAAAAUAAAUGAUUUUAAUGCGAAA